AUGGUGGGAAACACUGGGAAGAAGAGUUUGAAGGACACGUUCCAUGGGGGAGCCCUCAACCUAAGGCCGUUUGCAAGCGGCGCACGGCUGUUCCGAAGCGGGGGCUGCGGGGUCGGGCCGCUCCAGCCUCCCUCGACGGCCGAGCUCCAUCGCGCCACAACCCACAGCCGAGAGAGAUCCGGGCGGGCGGAGGUUGGUGGGACGAGCCCCGGGAAGGGGGAGACUCCCCCCCGGCGACCCCAGUGGGGCCGCCCCCGGGGCGGGGCCGGCACCCUGAAAGCCGGGCCCGGCGGGGGAGCCGGGGCAGAGGCUGCGCCGCCGACUGAGGGUGAGGGCGGGGGCCAGGCCGGCAGCAGGAGCAGCAGCACCAUGGAGAGCGGCGCCGACGGGCGCCUGGACGCCGCCGCCUUCCUCGGGGCCUGGCGGCGCUUCGACGCCGACGGCAAUACCAUUAAUAUAUUUGCUCUUUAUUUAGACAAUGGCUACAUAGAAGGGAAGGAGCUUGACGAUUUUUUUCAUCAUCUCCUGGAGAAACUGGGACCAGAAAGCACCAUCACAGAAGAAGAAGUUCAGAGGAUGAAGGAGCAAUUAAUGUCUGUCUAUGAUGUCACCACAGAUGGACGCUUGCAAAUCCAGGAGCUUGCAAAUAUGAUGUUGCCGGAUGAUGAGAAUUUCCUACUGCUUUUCCGACGGGAAACUCCCUUGGACAACAGCGUGGAAUUCAUGCGGAUCUGGCGCAGUUACGAUGCUGACAGCAGUGGAUUUAUUUCAGCUGGUGAACUCAAAGAUUUCCUGCGAGAUCUCUUCCUGCAGCAUAACAAGAUGGUUGCUGAGGUGAAGCUGGAAGAAUAUACUGAUACUAUGAUGAAAAUCUUUGACAAAAACAAAGAUGGACGACUGGACCUGAAUGACCUGGCAAGGAUUCUGGCACUCCAGGAAAAUUUCCUUCUACAAUUCAAGAUGGAUGCUUCCAGCACAGAAGAAAGGAGGAGAGAUUUUGAGAAGAUCUUUGCACACUACGAUGUUAGUAAAACAGGAGCACUUGAAGGCCCAGAAGUGGAUGGGUUUGUCAAAGACAUGAUGGAACUGGUCAAGCCCAGCAUUAGUGGGGUAGACCUGGACAAGUUCCGCCAGAUCCUGCUCAACCACUGCGAUGUGAACAAGGAUGGGAAAAUUCAGAAAUCUGAACUAGCUUUGUGUCUUGGGCUGAAAAUUAACCCAUAGCUGGGAAAGUGCUUGUGGUUGUGUUUCCCUUGAAAGAUUUGCCUGCUGCUCCUCAUAGAAGUGUGUUCUGUGCUGCUGUGGGAGUGGUGGGGUGCUGAGGCACCACGCUGCCAGGCUGGAGAGUGGGAUUUACACGGCGGCUUCCUCACUCCACCAGCUCCUUUGUGAUGUUCACUUGCUGCUGCCUCUUGUGGGUCUCCCUAGCAAUGUCUGCUCAGAGGACAGGUUGCUGUUAUUCUCAUGAAAUGCUGCCCUGCCCAUUCUCCCAGGAUAGGAACAAGCAUCUCCUCAAAAACACCCCCUCAGUGCUUUCAGAGUGAAGCCACUAGGUGUUUCUGAUGGUCAUAUUGUAUGUGUGAAGUCAUUACUUUGGUGAACA